GCCUCUUCAAACUAUCUCCUGCUUGAGCCAUCGAUCUUCUUCCCAAGAGCGGCGGCAGCAGCAGGGACCCCUUUUUUCGCUUCUCACACCGCCCAGGCGCCCACCGCUGCCUCCUUCCUCUUCGCCUCCUCCCUCCGGCGGCUUAAGUUUUUCCCAUAUCCUUUUAGUCCCUCCCGCUUUCCUCGAGUCCUCAGACAAUCAAAAUUUUUCUACAAUUUUCACAACCUUUUGCCCCUCCCUACCGGUGAUCAAUGGAGACCGUUGCAGCACCAAUCCCUGAUUUCGGCGCUGCCCUACCCGAGCAUAACCCUAACCCGGCCGAAGUCGAGGUUUUGAGGCUCCGCGUCGACGAAGUCGUCCAGAAGGUCGAUAAGCUGGAGGAGAAAGUGAACGAGGUGGAACAAUUCUAUACGAACUUGAGCAAGAAGCAGCAGCAGCAAACGGGUUCGAAAGGGAGUUCGGUCGUGAAAGAGAAAGAGAAGGAAAAGCAGGUUCUUAGCAUUAGGAAGCAGCAGCAAGACGCUUCCAAGCGGGAAGCUGCGGCUGCUAAGAGAAUGCAGGAGCUUAUGCGUCAAUUUGGAACCGUUCUUAAGCAGUUAACGCUGCACAAAUGGGCGUGGCCUUUUAUGCAACCAGUGGAUGUGAAAGGUCUUGGCUUACAUGACUACUUUGAGGUCAUUGACAAGCCGAUGGACUUCAGUACGAUAAAAAAUCAGAUGGAGGCCAAGGAUGGUACUGGUUAUAAGAAUGUCAGGGAGAUAUGUGCGGAUGUGAGGUUGGUUUUCAAGAAUGCAAUGAAAUAUAACGAAGAAAGGAGUGAUGUUCAUGUCAUGGCAAAAACUUUGAUGGACAAGUUUGAAGAGAAAUGGUUGCAAUUUCUUCCAAAAGUCACCGAAGAGGAGAGAAGGAGAGAAGAGGAGGAAGCCGAGGCUCAGUUGGACAUGCAGCUCGCCCAGGAGGCUGCUCAUGCUAAAAUCACUAGAGAUUUGAGCAAUGAGCUUUAUGAACUCGAAAUGCAUCUUGACGAGCUUAGAGAAAUGGUUGUUCAAAACUGCAGAAAAUGGUCCACUGAAGAUAAAAGAAAGCUAGGGGCAGCCCUAACAAGAUUGUCUCCUGAAGAUCUCACAAAAGCACUGGAGAUCGUUGCUCAAAAUAACCCAGAAUUCCAAGCAACAGCCGAGGAAGUGGACCUGGAUAUUGAUGCACAGAGUGAAUCUACUCUGUGGAGGCUUAAGUUCUUUGUGAGGGAUGCUCUUGAAGCACAAGCUAAAACUGCACCUGCUAGCACUGGCGGAAAUACCAACGACGAUAAGUUGGUCAACAAUAACAAUGUCACCAGCAACAACAAUAAACGCAAAAGAGAGAUUUGUGAUGCCAUUGCUAAAACAGCGAAGAAGAGGAGCAAGAAGCCUUCUUGAUGGUGGCUAGGAAAGCUUUAAGCCAUUUGUACAGAGAGGAGUUGCUUGAAGGAGGAGAAAAGCAACGAACCAAAGAUGUGUCUAUUGUGCGUAGACUGUUUUUCCUCUUUUUGUUUCAUUAGAUCUUCUAGGAUGUAACAUUGAAGGGACUCCGUUGCGGGAGUUGCAACUUCAGCUGAUUCUUUUUCUUUCCAACGAUAAAAGGGUAGCGUUUCAUAGUUUCAUAUCGAAAGAAACGCCUUAGCACACU